AUGCAGACUGUAAGCGAAGCAAGGUUGCUACAACCAUCCUCGGAGAAGCAGCGCGUGACCUUCUGCACGGACUUGGACAAGUCUGUGCUGGUCAGUAACUUCGAGAAGCGAGGCUGGCUCCAGGUGGGACCAGAUGACGACUGGAACUUCUAUUGGGCUGGAACGCAGACAUGUCGCAACCUAUUCAGUGUGGACAGUGGCUACAGGAUGAACGACAACCAGAUGAUCAACCACUUCCCGAACCACUACGAGCUGUCGCGGAAGGACCUGCUGGUGAAGAACAUCAAACGCUACCGCAAGCAGCUGGAGCGCGACAAGGAGCCGGUAGCCGAGCGCAGUGACGUCACGGGCCGCUACGUCUACCUCGACUUCGUGCCCGUCACCUUCGUGCUGCCCGCAGACUACAACAUGUUCGUGGAGGAGUAUCGCAAGAGCCCGCAGAGCACGUGGAUCAUGAAGCCGUGCGGCAAGUCGCAGGGCGCGGGCAUCUUCCUCAUCAACAAGCUGUCCAAGCUGAAGCGGUGGUCGCGCGAGAGCAAGAUGCCCUUCAACCCGGCGCUCGUCAAGGAGUCCUACGUCAUCUCUCGGUACAUCGACAACCCGCUGCUGAUCGGCGGCAAGAAGUUCGACCUCCGGCUGUACGUGCUGGUCACUUCGUUCCGGCCGCUCAAGGCGUACCUCUUCCGGCUGGGCUUCUGCCGCUUCUGCACCGUCAAGUACGACGCCAGCAUACAGGAGCUGGACAACAUGUACGUCCACCUCACCAACGUCUCCGUCCAGAAGCACGGAGGCGAGUACAACGGCAUCCACGGCGGCAAGUGGAGCGUGCAGAACCUGCGGCUCUACCUGGAGAGCACGCGCGGCAAGGCCGUCACGGAGCGCCUCUUCGACUCCGUGUCGUGGCUGAUCGUGCACUCGCUCAAGGCCGUCGCGCCCGUCAUGGCCAACGACCGCCACUGCUUCGAGUGCUACGGCUACGACAUCAUCAUCGACAACAAGCUCAAGCCCUGGCUGGUCGAGGUGAACGCGUCGCCGUCGCUGACCUCGACGACUGUCAACGACCGCAUCCUCAAGUACAAGCUCAUCGACAACAUCAUCUCGGUGGUGCUGCCCCCGGACGGCGUGCCAGACGUCCGGUGGAACAAGGUGCCGUCGCAGGAGGCCCUCGGGAACUUCGAGCUGCUGCUGGAUGAGGAGCUGGCCAGCGAAUUUGAAAGAGAGUAU